CAUCUGAUUUCAUAUUGUAUCAACAAUAUAAAGAAUCAACGAUGAACCCAGUCAGUGAAGACUACAUGUUUCCUGAAGUACUCAUGGUUGAUAAGGUCAGUCACUACAAUAUUGAGCUGAGCUGGAAAAUGGCACAGGAUACCCACAGCGACUCUACUGAAACACGGUCUUGCUUUGCUCUGGAACAGAUGGAUCCCAAUGGACACACAUAUGACACCAUAUACACAGGAUACAGCACUGAGUAUAUUGUGGGGGAAUUAGAGCCAUGUACACGGUAUCAGUUCAGACUGCGGAUCAGUAAACCAAACGGGCAGUGCUGUCUCACCCCAGCUGUCUCAGUCUCCACAGCUAGUGAGCCACUGUAUGGCAAACACCUGCACCAAGCUGUAAACAGGAAUGAUGAAGAGGAGCUGAUCAAAGUAUUGCAGACAGGGAAGGUGAACGUGAAUAUUUGUGACAAAAUGGGACUCACACCUCUCAUGGUGGCUGCACAGAAAGGUUUUAUCAGGAUAGUCCAUAUACUGCUAGAACAUGGUGCUGAUAUUCACAUGAAGAAUGGCAGUGGUAAAAACUGUAUGAUGCUGGCCUGUUUUGCUGGCCAUUUGGAUAUUGUGAAGCACCUGCACAAGUUUGGGGCUACAUGGCAGUCCCGGGACUUGAGUGGCUGCACUCCUCUUCACUGGGCUGCAGACGGGGGUCAUCUUCCUAUCAUAGUCUACAUGAUUGAGGAUGGCUGUGAGGUGGAUGUGCGGGACAGUGUGUCUCAGUGGACUCCUCUCAUGAGAGUGUCAGCAGUGAGUGGAAACAGCACCGUGGCCUCAUUUCUUAUCCGGGCUGGAGCUGACGUCAAUGUCCGAGACAAGGACGGGAAGACGCCACUUAUGAUGGCCGUGCUAAACAAUUAUGAGCAACUGGUGUCACUCCUGCUGAAUCAUGGCGCUGACCAGGAUGUGAAAAAUGAGUUUGGAUCAGGUGCACCAAAAAUGGCCAAAGCUUUUGGAAGUCAGAACAUCAGCGACUUGUUGGAGGACAAGAAGCAGCCUUAGAUUUGGCAUCAAAAGGAGAACAGUAUAAAAGUAG